UCCAGUGAUGGCGUCUCCCUGUCACCAGAAGUUGGUCAUAUAACGUUGGAUUCGUCAAUAAUAUCUUAAUACUGCUCGUACAGUUGUGGAUCCAGCUUUUAUAAUACAAAUUAAGUAUUAUUGCAGCUAAUGGCACGUCACUGUGAUGGCAUUUUAUAGUAAUUCAAACAAACUUUUAACACCCACUCACGUUGUGUGUGAGGAUGUUGAUGCUGUUGUGUCAACCAGCAGCUAGCAUCAGGAACGCCUCCGGGCGAACUGCUGUUAGCAUUUACUAGCUUGCUUAUUUGACAAAAACAAGCGAUGGUACUGCGCAUCUGGAAUACACGAAUAAUUAUGUUGUGCUGCAAAUAGCCAGCGACGUUCCCUAUAAAAGUAAAAAGCUCGACAUAUCAAAGUUUUGUGUGGCCAUGGAUCCAACCUGCAGUGCUUCUUCUGCUUCAGCGGGUUUGACUGUCCAGGUGUGUUUCCCCGGCGCCCGUGCUGCUGUUUUGGACAACCUGAACCGCCAACGGGAAGAGGGCAGGCUGUGUGACCUCUCCAUCCAGGUGCAAGGUCAAGUGUUCAGGGCCCACCGCUGUGUGCUCGCUGCUUCCUCGCCUUACUUUCAUGACCAGGUGUUACUGAAGAAUGUUACAACUGUCUCUCUACCCUCGGUUAUGGACCCAGUGGCGUUUGAGAGUGUCUUGAGUUCUGCCUACACAGGCCAGCUGAGCAUUGUGCAUGAUGACAUUGUUAACUAUGUCACUGUAGCCAGUUUCCUCCAGAUGUGGCACAUCGUGGAUAAAUGUACUGAGAUCCUGAAGAGGCCCCGGCCCUCAGCAGAAGUCACCCCUGGAGAGGCUGCUGCAGCUCACUCUGGCACUGCAUCUCGCCAGCAGUCUCCAAGCAGCACAGACUGCUUAUUUCUGGAAAGGGAGGGAAGACGGAAGGAGAGAAAGCCCGAUGCCUUGCCUCCCUUAGCUACAUGGAGACGCCCGCAGCAGUUUCCUAGAUGGGGACGCUCACGGCCCUCAUCAACCCAGCACUUAGCGGAUUCUCAACUGGACGCCCUCCCUGGCUAUGCAGAGAGUGAUUACGCCAGUGGUGAGGAGGCAUGGGUAUCAAGCCAUGCCAAAACUAGCCACUUUGCUCAUGAUGUACCUCUCCACAAUACCCGGCACCACGGGGGGUUCACUAGUGGUGAGGCAUUAAAACAGAAAGUCAGGUUUCAACAGCGGGGAGCACCGCCGAGCGCUGAUAGACUGCUUGAUAAGAAUAAAGAGAGCGCGGACAGUGAUGAGACACAAGAGAAGAGGAAGCAUGAGAAACGAGAAAUUGAGGCAGAUGAGGGAGUUGGAGAGGAGGCAGUGGAGAUGAAGGAAGGCUUUGCACAAAUGGGACACUUUGGCUUCCACCCAAUUGAGAAUGCAGGUGCCGGACAAGCCACGGGGAAGGCGAGUGUGGAGGAGGUGAAGGAAAAAGUGCAGAGGAAUUUGGUAGGGAGUGAUCCCUCCUCAGGCCUGCCAAGUGUUCAUGCUUACCAAACAGGUGAAGGCGUUCCGGGCACUUCUUGUCCAGUUUCACCACGGCCGCAAUGGCAGACCGGUCCCUGGUCUCAACAAGAGCAGAGGCCACAGGAAGGAGAAGGUGGCAGCUACAGUAAAGAUGAGGAUGAAGACGAGGAGGAGGAGGAUGUGGACUUUGAAUUUUUCAAAGAAGGUGCCUUUAGCAGAGACACGUAUGACGAGAUUGAAGAUGGCACAGGACAGGUUUCCCAGAGGCCUUUAGUGCCCGUGUCUCCUGACUUCACUAUGGCAGGCUCGGAGAUGAACUGGCCUUCCACCAGUGCUGGACAGGGUGGCUCUUUGACACCCACCUCAAAUCGCAAUAUGUCUCCGUCCUCUGCUGCAUUUCCGCCACCCUCUUCGCCCCCAACCCCAUCUUCAUCAUCCUCAGUGUCACUCGCUGGCGCGCCCUACACAGGCAAAGUCCACUUCUGCCACUGCGGCAAAGCCUACACCCUGAAGAGUAUGCGUGACCGGCAUGUGAAGAUGCAGCACCUCAAUCUACGGCCCUUCGGCUGUCCUGUUUGCACAAAGUCCUUCAAGAUGAAGCACCAUCUAACCAAGCACCUUAAGACUCACGGAGGGCUGCGUCCCUAUGAGUGUGGCCUGUGUGGGAAGAAAGUCAUCUGGCGAGAUAGCUUCCUCAGGCAUCAGGCCCGAUGUGAGAGACUUGCCUCCAGCUCUUCAGUUAACAGCAACAACGCAAGCACAGCACCAGCAGAUGUGGAUGACAGCUACAGUUAUGGUUUUGAAGAUGGGGAGGCUUUUCUUGCAACAGCAGGACAAGUGAAAGUCGAGCAGGUGGAUUUUCACGGGGAGAUGGAGGACGGGAUGGGGGGCCUGUUGGGCGGUGUGUCUGGGAUUGUGGAUGAGCUAAGAAGUCAGUCACAAAAUUUGGACACCGGUAAUCAUGUUUUUAAAGAGGAGGCGAGCGAGAGCUUUAGUGUAAAUUAAACAUUGAUGUGAACCAUAGGUUUACAGCACUUGAACUGUAUGCAUGUAAAUACAUGCAAGAAGUAAGAUGAAUUACACGAUGGCUUUAAAGGUCUACGGACACCAAUCAUUGAAGGCUUCUUUGAGCAGCUGCUUUUCUUUGAUCUUUUUAAAUGUGCAUUCUUUUCAUGUCAUCAGUGGGGUGGGGGGGGAAAUAAAGGAACAAUCAUGCUUCAUUCAAGUGAUCCUUUUAACUUGUGCAGUGCCAUGUAGGCUCAGUUCUUGUUUAGUGAUGCUGUAAACUGUAUAUCUGUAACAAGCUGUGUUGUGAAUGUAACUCUGGUGGCCGUAUUAAAGUUGAUUUUGCACAUAAAUUAUUUGCCAUUGAUCUACAUAAGAAAAUAAAGGUUAAAACAGU